AUGGUUCACCGCACUGCAGGCUUUGUUGUUCUUCAACUGAUCGCGAUACAGAACGUGUACAGUCAAGUUGUUAAUCGUGUUGUACCGAAUUGCGGUCAGAAUAUAGUCCCGGAGUUAAUGAUUGGCACCCCUACAGUAACUCCUCUUGUUAUGGAGAGGCCCUACGAAGUCGCACCAACAAUAAUCCAAGACAGCAGUGUUGCUAACAGCUUAGCAAAUGCUCUGCAGUUGCUUGUAGUGAGCAAUUUGUUGAGCACAACCCUACCAAGUCCAAACUGUGAGGUGUUGGCCCCUGCGUUUGCUCCUAUUGAAAUGUUGGCACCAAAUUACGCCCCUGUUGAAUUAUUAAAAUUCAUUGGAAUCGAGACAAUGUCUGCUCGGGUUUUGGAGUUUUUAAUAAUUGACGGACUCAUUUGUGCGGUAUUUGCUUCAUAUCUACCACAAGGGACGCAAUAUUUUCAAGUACCAGGGCAACAGUACUAUCAAAUUCCAAGCACGCCUUCGCAUUCAACAACUAAUCCAUACGCUUCCACACAUUCUCAUACAACUGUUAACUCUUACACACCUCCUUCGUCUUCAGUGUACCAACCAAGUGCUUCUUUAUACCAUGAUUAUUCGUAUUCACCGGCAUCACCACAAAUUACAACAUACAAACCUCCAGUUGCACCAGUUACACCAGUUCAACCACCAAAAGAACCUCCAUUGAUUCCAACAAAGCCUAAAAUCUCCCCAACUUUACCAUCAAAAGGAUUCGAUUCAAAUGUUUUAAAUAAUUUAGCAAUUGCACUACAAUUAUUGAUUGUCAGUAAUUUAUUAAACUCACCUAUAUCAGAGUCUCUACCAAAUAUGCGUAAUGGAAUACAACAAAAAAUAGAGUACGAAACAAUCCAACCAGCAAAUUCUCAUGCAAUAUAUACAAAUGAAGGUCUUCCCCAAUAUCAAACACAAGACUAUCAAGCAUAUUUUGAAAGUAAUCCAUACGAGUCUCCUAAUCCUUCUUAUCCUAAUGCUAAUUAUUUAGGUUCGUCACAUAAUUUGGGAGGUCUAUUAGGUGCCAUACCUCCUGCUACUCCAAGACAAGGGUUAAAAUUACAAUCUCCGUAUGAUGCUUUGGCUAAUGGCUUUGCGGAACAUCAACCUGUAUUUGAACAAAACAAACGUGACUUUCAAUCACCGUAUGCCGCGAUUUUGGCUGCUGAUAAUACCAAGGAUUUAUUUUCUAUGGAUUUCUAUUAA